GCUGCUCGUGGUGGCCAGAGAAGUAAAAAGAAUACGCACGCGCGGAUAAACGGAUACAAACGGAAAACGCGAGACGUCGCACAGCAAACGAGAUUUGCUGGCUCCUGCAGUAGUGCUCGAGAUAACAUCCGUACGUGACGGUGGCAUGAGCAUGCUGUGAUUAUUGCUGCCGUGCAAGUGGCACAACAAAAGGGUAGAUUGGUCGCGAAAACGAUCCAGUCCAUCAACCCUGCCUAAUCCAACCCAGCACCCACCACCCACCUUCACCGAGGAAAAGAAGGAUACGCUAGUCACCCCGGGAGAGUAGCCAAGGAGCCGUAGCGCAGCCACCACCAAACGGAAGCAGAAAGCUACAGCAAAAAUAAUCAUCUUCGAGGCGUAUCGAUUUAUGACGUGAUACGUGGUGCGACGUUCGAAGCACCCGAAGCCGCCCGAGCAGAAGAAGUAUCGUGCUGGAGUACUCUUGUUGCCAGCGGAGGAGACAUCCCGGUCCCGUCCCCAUCGCCCGUCGCAGAUUUCAGCGUGGGAAACGAACCACUCCCCCGCUACCACUCUGUAUCUGAAAGCACGGUGGGGCCGUUGUUCGGCACGACAAAGACACGCUGCACGCGGGAGUUGCAUCCCGUCGGACGGCGGCGGCGGACGGCCGAAAGCGCACGGCUAUGAAUCCGAGGAUUGUCAUCAUCGGCGCGGGGGCGGCCGGGGUGGCUGCGGCGACGCGGCUCAUCGAGCGGGGCUACAAAAACCUGAAAAUACUGGAGGCGGAGAAUCGCAUCGGUGGGCGCAUCCAUACCGUCCCGUUCGGGGCCAACGUGGUUGACCUGGGCGCACAAUGGUGCCACGGCGAGAAGGGCAACGUUUGUUAUGAACUCGGUUCCAAGUACAACGUGUUCGACUCGAACAGCGCCCGCUACGAGCGGUUCGUGCUGACACGCUCUAAUGGUGAGCAGAUACCGACGGAGCAAAGCGAAAAGUUGCUUGGGCUGAUCUGGUCCAUCCUGGAGACGCACAAGCACGAGCUAACCGGCUACCGAGGCUCGCUGGGAGCAUUCAUUAUGGGCAAGUUCAGAGCCCUGCUCGAGACACCCGAGUACGCCGACGUGAACAAUGAGACCGCGUACCAGGUGCUGGAGUUUUUCCACAAGUUCGAGAACUCGAUCGAGGCCUCCGACAGUUGGUUCGACACGUCUGGACCGGGCUACCUGCACUACUGGGAGUGUGACGGCGAUUUGCUGCUGAACUGGCGCGACAAAGGCUACCGGACGGUACUGGAGAUACUCAUGAAACGACAUCCGCUCGCCACCUCUGCCGAUGCCAUCAAUCUGGAGGAUUAUACGCACUUUAACAAAACGGUGGCUAACAUCAACUGGACUGCCGGUCCGGACAGCCUAGUGUCGAUUCGGUGCACGGACAACAGCGUGUACGACGCGGACCAUGUGAUAUGCACGAUCUCGCUUGGCGUGCUGAAGGAGCGCUACCAGACGAUGUUCACGCCGGACCUGCCGCCAAUCAAGCGCAACGCCAUCCAGGGCCUAACCAUCGGUACGGUUAACAAACUGUUCCUAGAGUUCGAGAAGCCGUUCUGGCCCGCAGGCUGGCAGGGGCUCAGUCUGAUUUGGAGUGCGGCCGAUUUGGAAGAGGUACGGCGUUCUCCGGACAGCUGGAUGGAGGACGUGUUCGGAUUUUACAUCGUCGACUAUCAACCGAACGUACUGUGCGGUUGGAUCUCGGGCCGGAAUGCACGCCGCAUGGAGCGAGCCAGUGACGAAGACGUACGCAAGGCGUGCAUAUUUCUGCUCCGGAAGUUCAUGAAGAACGUCACCAUCCCGGAGCCGGUGCGCUUCCAACGAACGAGCUGGUACUCGAAUCCGAACUUCCGCGGCUCGUAUACGUUCCGCUCGAUGACGACCGACCUGCUGAAUACGUCCGCAUCGCACCUGGCCAUUCCUCUCACGAACUCGUGUGGCAUGCCAGUGGUGCAGUUUGCUGGCGAGGCCACGAACGAUCACUACUAUUCGACAGUUCAUGGUGCAGUCGAAACGGGCUGGCGUGAGGCAAACCGACUGAUCGACCUGUACGACAGGUUAAUACCACCCUUCAACCACGGCCCGAAGGCGUACGUUGACGUGCUCAUCCUUGGUGCGGGCAUCGCGGGACUCGGUGCCGCCAAGCAGUUGCGUAACUCUGGUAAAAGUUUCGCCAUCCUCGAGGCCCAGUCGUCACCGGGUGGCCGGAUCAGUACGAAGGCGCUCAAGAAGCAUCAUCACUCGUCUGGUGGUGGUCAGAAAGGGUGUCAGCAGCUGCUGGUCGAGGCUGGAGCCCAGUGGCUGCAUGGUCGUCAAAACGAACUGCACGAGCUGGCCAAGCGAAACGGGUUGCUGCGCGAGGAAACGUCCGAGGAGGGCCUCGGGGAGUUCCUGCGCGACGAUGGGUUCCGGAUAGACGACCAUCUGGCAAAACGGGUCGAUUUCAUCGUAGGCCAGAUACUGGAGCAGUGCGAAGAGUUUGCCACAAAAGGCAAGGGAGGUCCGUAUCCGGCCUCGCUGGAGGCCUUCCUGAAGGAGCAGUUCAAAAAGCGAACGGAAACGAAGGACUUCACACCGGAGCAGCGGGUGUUAGCCCAGCAGCUGCUCGACUGGCACUGCCGGUUCCAGAUCAUCGACAAUUCGUGUCUCCACGUGUCGGACAUUUCGGCCAAGCUGUGGGGCAGUUACUCGUUCAAUGGCGAGAGUUGCCAGGCGCACAUUAACAUGCGUUACGGUUUUCAGGCGCUGGUCGGUUGCCUGGUAGAAGAGAUCGGUGCUGAGAAGAUCGUGUACAACAAAGCAAUUUGCGAGAUCCGAUGGUUGGAUGCGCGCGGCAAGGUGAUCGUCAAGUGCACGGAUGGUACGGUGUACUGCUGCCAGCAUCUGAUUGUAACGUUCUCGCUCGGCGUGCUAAAGGACACGAUGGACCAGCUGUUUCAGCCGAAUUUACCAGCCAGCUACACCCGGCCGAUCCGCAGCAUCGGUUACGGUACGAUCGACAAAAUCUUCCUACAGUUCGACGAACCGUGGUGGGGUAAGGCUGAGGGCAUUCAGCUAGUGUGGCGGGAUGACUUGCGCAAGGACUCACACUGGACGCGAUUCAUUUCCGGAUUCGACGUGCUCAGUCCGGGCCCCCCUAACACGCUGCUCGGCUGGAUCGGUAGCUACGGGGCGCUCGAGAUGGAAGCAUUGAAUGACGAGCAAAUUGUAAGCGAUUGCGUGUUCAUAUUGGAGAAGUUUACCAAGAAGAAAGUACCUAAACCUGUCAAUUAUUACUGUACACGAUGGAACUCCAACCGCUAUAUUCGUGGGUCGUACAGCUUCACCUCGGUCAACUGUGACCACGAGCAAAACUUUAUGUCCAACCUGACGGAGACUCUCAUAUGCAAUCAGUACGACAAAUCAGGGGAAGAAUCGCGUAAAAAGGACCCGCUUCCACAACCACUCGGUGGUUCAUCGGGACAGGCUGGUGGCCGUGGGGUAACGCCUAUGACAAGUACCGCCAGCGGAAACAGCACGAGCAGCAGUAACAGCAGCAACACACUUACGAACCUAUCCACAGCUGGUACGGGAAACACACCGAAAAAAACUGGCGGCACCACACCGACCAAGCAGUCUGUCUCUAACACUCCAAACAAAACCCAAACCAAGCAGCAAAGUGUGCCCACAUCCACUACCACAACUACUACCGCCACUCCCACGACUUCCAGUAGUGCUAAAACAGCAGGCAGCAGCAACACAAACACCACAGCCACCCCCGUCAAUAACAACAAUACGCCAGCUUCCGGUAAGGCGCCAAACAGCGGUUCCAAUCUGACCAACAGUAGCAGUGCCAUUCAUACCAGUGCCACGAUUCACUUUGCCGGCGAGGCAUGCCACGAACGAUACUUCUCCACCGUCCACGGAGCGUUUCUGUCCGGAAUGGAGCAGGCGAAGAAAUUGCUGGUAGAAAAAAAAUUGCAAAGCAAUCAGUAGGCUGAGCGUAGGAAGAAAUCUUAACCAAAUCAAAAACAGCAAACAAGUGACAGGUGCUAACCAAACUCUAUCGGAAUUGGGAAGAGAUUAUCGGUUCCGGAGCAGACAAGCUCGUAUAGUGGGUACAAUGAAUACUGAAGGAAACAAAAAAUAUAGAAAGAUAAAAUCAAACACCCAGUGAAAAGGGAUACUAGUUUUUUAAGGUAAGUAGAGCAAAAACAGAAAAAGCAAUCCCGCUAACAAAAUCCCGAACAAAACCGGGAACUGCAGCUGCAGGGGAACGUUAACCAAUUAGUGGAACCGUAGACAGAUAGCAAGAAACAAGCAUAUAUACGUAGUGAGCAGAAGCGCGAGAGCAAAGGUGCAGCUAGUGCACAAACUAUUUACUUUUCUUCCUUCAGCAGUAGGAAUUGAAUGUUGAGGAUGACAAAAAUUAGGAUAUAAAGGUAUAUGUAUAUACAUACAUAUACACACAUAUAUAUAUUUAAGUAGCUUUAACAUUAUAACUUCCGAUUGAUAGCGAUCCAACCAAUGUCUUUCCUUCCGGAUUUGCGAUGCGAUCCGCGAUUCUUCCGCGUUCAACGUUUCCAAACUCUUCCCACCCAGUUUCCCACCAUCACCUUCCCGACGAGCGUUCGGUCAGGCUCGAUAAACUAGGACAACUCCUCUAUUACGGUUUGCUGUGCAUUUACUCCGGUUUUAGGAAGGUUGUUUUCAUUUUAUCCGUUUUCUGUUAAAUUAGAACUAUAUGAAAUGCUGCAAGAACCUGAUCUACUAUCGUCUACUAGCACUAUAGCAGCAUAGGAGUUUUGAUUUUCCUUCAAUAGUAGACCUAGUCAUAGAUACCAGUGCGAAGGACACGACUAACUAAGAAGUUAGGGGAACACGAUCAGUAAAGCUUGAGGUUAUAUUGCGGUCGAGGGAAGUGAAGGGGAAGUCAGUUGUUUCUAUUUUAGACUUAUCUUUAGUAGAUUCAAUUAAAUUUUUCAUCACUCU